AUGGACCUGAUGUAUAUUUUGCUCUGUAUUCUUUUGGACAUCCUGACUACCAGCUGUCAAGACACCAUCCAGGGACGCAUCGUGGGAGGAUACGCACCAGUUCCAUACUCCAUCAAAUACAUCGUGUCCAUACAAACUGCAGAUCGGCAACAUUUCUGCGGUGGUUCUUUAAUAAAUAAGUACUGGGUAAUCACAGCGGCGCAUUGUGAUCUUGGGGUCAAUAAAAUGAUGAUAGUGGCUGGAGAUUACUCUCUAAUCAUAUAUGAGGGCACUGAGCAGAUCAUCCUGCCCAAGCUCUUGGUGCCUCAUCCGGAGUACAACAGUGCCACGAACAACAACGACAUCAGGAUCAUAAAGUUGAGGGGUCCAGUUGAUCUGAACAACUUUGUUUCCAUCGCCCUGCUGCCCCGGCAGGGUGCGUCCAUAGCAGGGGGCAGGCUGUGCCGCGUGUCAGGGUGGGGGUACACCAAUGAAUCGCAAAUUCUUUUCGCAAGUGACUACAAUAGUUUCCAAGGAAUGUACAGUGCCCCAACAGCCCCCACUCUAGCUCCGCCAGUGGUUCAGAGUUAG